AUGAUGGGGCCCCAAUUCCUCUCAAUAUUGGCUCUGCUCCUGCUCCUGGGCCUCCAAGUCUUCGCAGCAGCUCUCCCCAAUGCUGUGGCUAUCAACUUCGCGCUGAAAAACAGCCGCGCGCCCGUCGCAUUCAACCUCGCCUCCCCAGCAUCGACCCGCAGCCAGGUUGCGUCAUGGGCGUCCGCAGAUCAGGACCACCACUCCACAACCAAACGCUCUUCUUUCUUCAACCCCGACAUCCAGUCAUCCGACGAGGAAGAACGCAAAUUGACCGCCCUCCGCGAAGCAGGCUUCAUGCCAAGUCCGCCGUCAGGACUGGAUCGUGACUCGCCGAAAGCGAUUGCAGAUGCCGGGAUCGACAGUCACGCCGACGCACGGACGUUUUCACCUUCUGAACUGCCUGGCCGCAUGCGCCCUGACCUGAAUCACCAACAUGUUGUGCCAUGCCUGCCAUCCCUGACGUUCUUGGCGCUUUCCGCUGCCGUGGUUUGUGUCAUCACUGUGCUGCGCGGAGUCAGGGGUCGGAGGUGA